AUGGCUUCUGAAAAAUUUGAUCCUCUAGCAGCGGUUGACCCAGGCAGGUACAACUGGAGAGUAAAAGUAAGAAUCUCAAGAAAAUGGGAAAGCAUCCAAAAGAACACUGGUAACAUCAAAGGGUGUAACAUUAUACUCGUGGAUGACCAGAACACCCGGAAACAUGCUUUUAUUGGAGAAGCUUAUCUAAAAAAAUUUGAUGGCUCGCUGGAGGAAGGACAAGUAUACAUAAUUCAGAACUUCAACGUCAAACCUUACACUGAGAAGGAGAAGCACAUGUGUUUCAAAGAUGAGACGCAUAUUUACUUUUCAUCCUACACCCAAGAAUUUAAAUAUCCAUAUGAUGAUACUCUAAUCCCCGCCAAUGUAUUUGGAUUCUACGAUAUUUCUGAGCUAAAUGGCAUAGCCAACCAGAAUACAUACUUGAUAGAUGUUGUUGGUGUUGUUCAAAAUGUGGAGCCUCCAAGACAUUUCGUAAACAAAAACAACGAAGAGCAGUCGUAUGUAAAGUUUGAUAUUACCGAUGGAAGUCACUGCGUUAAAGUCACACUUUGGGAUGGUUUCGGGCACACAUUUUACGAUGAUUACACCCAGUUCAAAGAAGACCCAAUUAUUCUAAUCCUUUCAAGCUGCAAAGCCAACGUGUGGGAAAAGAUAUUGAGUCUUUCCAACUAUCCAGCUACCCGAUAUUUCUUCAACUACUCUCAUCAUAGUGUUAACAUGCUGCGUGCAAGUUACAAACAACCUGGCUUUCGCACAACCCAAGUUGAGAUGAAUAGAUUUGAACCGGACCCAAAGAUGACUGUUGCAGAAGUGAAGAACACAAUCCCCGAUAUGGAUGAGAUGAAGGUAGUUUGCACCGUAACUAUCAACAAAAUUACUAACCAGGAGAUAUGGUUUUAUCACAUUUGCUGUGGAUGUUCAAAUGAGAUUGAGAAAAUAGAUGGCAAGUUCAAAUGUGAUCAUUGCCAGAAAAUUGAGCCGUACCCCGACACAAGAUUCAGAGUUUGCACACUAGCUUCGGAUCAUACUGGCACCAUUGGAAUCAUCUUAUACGAUAGAGAAGUUCGCAGAGUAAUUGGUCAUUCAGUUUUCGAAAUCGAAUGCAUGCAGAUCCAGGAAGGUACAUCUGGCAAGUUCCCACCCCUGCUCCUUACCCUAGAAAAGUUACCAUGCAUCAUAACUCUUUCCCUUAAAAGGUCUCAAUCCCAGAAGAAAACUAAUAUUUUUCAUGCUGCUGAUCUGACCAUUUCCCCAAAGCUUGAAUGUCCUUCUCCUACUUCUGGAGGCGAUACUUAUAUAAAAGAGCAAGCUUCUGUGUCUGAGGGGACGGUGACACAGACAUCGAAACAACGCGGGAAAAACACUCCUGACACCUUGCGCUCGACAAACAAGCCAAAGGGAAAAAAGAAGUUAGUUAAGAAGGUUCGCAUGGUUAACCUUGCCAACGACGAAGACGAAGACAACGAAGAUAUUCCACUAGGCAUGUGGAACACUCAGACCGAUCCUGAAUGA